AAGAAGGAAAAAAGGGAAUGUCUCUGCAUUUACUAAUGUUUCCAUUUUUCUUUUGCUUUAUUUGAUCUCAAAUGUUUAACUUAAUUAAUUUAAUUUUAUUUGUUUGCCAAUUAUGGAACAGUUUGACAUUAAGAUUCUUAAAUUUCAGAAUAAAAAGCUUGGUGAACGAUUAGAGACUAAAACCAAGGUCGAAGCUGAUUUAAGACAACGGAUAGAACAACUGGAAAAGAAACAAACAUCAGCAGAAGCCAUUGUUUAUGUUAUUAACCGAUAUUGGAACCAAUUAAAUGAAGAUUUAAGGAUCCUGUUACAAAGGUUUGAUGCCGAAACCUCUGACCAGCAAGAGAAUGACAAUGAGAAUGAAGCUACCACCAGUUUUAUAUCACAAUUAUCUAAUUGGGAUAAGGAUGAGUUGGAGGAGAAUCUUCGACAGCGGGUUGAAGUGUCAAAGAGAGCUGUUAGUAAAGUAAUCGCCACCUUUGACAGAAUUGUACAAAGAAAUGAGAAAAUAACCUUUGCUUUGAAAGGUAAAAACAUUGGUGACGGUGACACUGAUAAUGGUGAGAGUACUCCUAGUCUUGAUGAGGCUGUUAAAAAAGCCAACCAAGAAUUGCAAAAUGAAAAUAAAAAUCUUAAUGCCUUGGUUACAUCUUUACAUGAGAAACACCAUAAGAUGAGCCUCAAAUUUAGUGAAAUGAAGGAUAGCGUGGAAUCAAUGGAAGCCAGAAAUGAUGAGUUAAAAGCUCGAAUAGACGAUCUAGAAUUUGAGCUUAAUCGUACUCGAUCCAAAGAGAUCAGGUUGCAAGAACAUUUACAAGAAGCUCGCGAGAAACUGCAAACAAUCCAGAUGUCCGGUGGUGACUAUGAUUUUUGCUCUAAUGGAAAAAGUGCAAAAAGUCGUGAUAAUGUCAAUCAUACUAAAUUUGAAGAUAUGCAGAAGGAACUGGAAGAGUAUAAAGAAUUGGCCAAUAAAAGAUUAAAUGAACUUGAAACUUUGAACUCUGCUCAUAAAGAUGCUUUGACAUUGAUUGAAAAGUUAAAAAUGGACCUUCAAACCUUGCCUGAAUCCGUUGUUGUGGAAACUGUUGAAUAUAAAUGUCUUCAAUCCCAUUUCUCUGUGCUUUAUAAUGAAUCCAUGCAUCUUAAGACACAACUAGAAGAAACUAGAAAUAUGAUGAUUAAAUCGAAAAAUGAUCACCUUCGUCAAAUUGAACACAUGGAAUCAGAAGAACUCGUGAUGCAAAAAAGACUUAGAACUGAGAUUAUUCAAUUAGAAGAUCAAUUGGAGCAAGUUAAAAAGGAAUAUGAAAUGCUGAGGAUUGAAUUUGAACAAGCAAUUGCUGCCAAUGAACAAACGGGUCCUAUCAACAAGGAGAUGAGACAUUUAAUUACAAGCCUUCAAAAUCACAAUACCCAAUUAAAAGGGGAAGCCCUAAGGUAUAAGCGUCGUCUCAAAGAAGCUCAACAUGAUUUAAAUAAAUUGAAACACACUUGUGAAACUCAACAUCAAAAUUUAACAUCUAGUACCAACAGUAAUAACGCCAACAUUAGUAUCAAUAACAACAACAAUGGCAACAAUAAUACCAACACUACCAAUAGCAGUACUGAUACUAGUAACAAUGUUAGUCAACCUGUUAACGCAAAUAUCAAAAUGAAUAUUAAAACUGAGCCUGAUGUUGAAAAUAGUGAGGAUCCGCCGACUAAAAGACAGAGAACUGAUUCCGGAUCAGAUCUGGGCAUCGUUAAAGAAGGGAUCAAAGAAGUUGAUGAGAAAAAACCUGACGAGUCAAGCAGCAUUAAUGACACUACUGUCACAAUCAAAAAAGAACGUGAAGAUAAUAGUCAGAUCAAUAUUCAUUCGAGCUCUUCAUCAUCAACAACAACCACAACAACGUCUGGUAACAUUCCUAUUUCAAGUCAUUCACAUACUUCUAGCCAUACUCAUCGAUCGAAUCACCAUCAUAUUAAAAAAGAGGAUUCCGGUGAUAUAAGUGAAAAAGCAACCACACCUCGCGCUGGAAUUAGUCAUGAAAAAAAUGAAAGUACCGCUGUUGGUGGAAACCCAGGCGGAAUUAGUAUUAGUACGAACAGUAAUAGUAGCAGUGGUAGAAGACUUGAGCCUGAUUUAAUAAUUAAAGACCUACAAAAGCAACUUAGAGCGGUUACUCAACAAAACAAAGAUAUGAAAUUGGUGAUAGAAAUGUACAAAAACAGUCAAAGGGAUCAGAGGGAUAAAGUUGCCCUGAUGACAGCAGAAAAGAAAAGUAGAAUGGAAGUUGAAGAAUUAAAGAAACAAUUAGCUAAAUACCAGGAAUCUGACAGACGUGAUCGAAGAAAAUAUACCGAUGAGGAAACACAGAGAGAAAUAACCAAGUACAAGGAAAGUAUUCAACAGUUACAAAAACUGUUAGCAACUCAAAAACAAGAGGAUGAAGCUCUAUUAAAUGAGAUGGAGGUGACCGGUAAUGCUUUUGAAGAUAUGCAAGAGCAAAAUUUACGUUUAAUGCAACAGUUACGAGAAAAAGAUGAUGCCAAUUUUAAAUUAAUGUCCGAAAGAAUCAAGUCUCAAGGGAUCUUAAAUUUACUCAAGGAGGAGAAAGAAAAUCUUAACCUACAAGUAAUCAAUUUAAAAGCUCAAGUGGAAGCACAAAACCAAGUGGUCAGAAAAUUGGAAGAGAAAGAAAGAUUGUUACAAAAUAAUUUAUCCACUGUAGAAAAAGAAUUAAGUUUAACGCAACAGGCCAUGGAACAAAAUCGCCGUAAAGCCAUUGAAUCGGCUCAAUCAGCAGCAGAUUUAAAGCUACAUUUGGAUAAAUAUUUAAGUCAAUUGAAAGAAGCGCAAGCUACUGUGGCAGAUAAAACGUCAACUUUACAACAAGAAGCAUUUAAGAAUCAAAGACUUCAAGAGGAAGUGAUGACAUGGCGAAGAUUAUAUGAAAGAGCCAAGAAAUUCGAACUAGCGACAACAGCAGAUGAAGUGUUACAAGAGGAAAUUAAAGAAUAUAAAUCCCAAUUAACUUGUCCAUCUUGUAAAACUAAUCGUAAAGACGCUGUACUGACAAAAUGUUUCCAUGUAUUUUGUUAUGAAUGUCUAAAAACCAGGUACGAAACUAGGCAAAGGAAAUGUCCUAAAUGUAAUGCACUUUUUGGUGCCAACGAUUUCCAUAGACUGUACUUGGGUUAGUAUUUAUUGUCCAUAAAUAUCUGCAAAUAUAUCCUCUACUCUUUCCUCUUCGCUUUUUUCUCUCACACUUCAUCUAUUUUUUUCUUCUCUCGAUUUCUAUUCUUUAUUCCCUUAAUACUAUUAUAAAAUUAAUUUCUCUUCCCAUUUUUUCUUCCCUUGUAAGCAUUUUUAAAAGU